UAUUCCACGCUAGUUGGCGGGUGCGGGCGACUCGUAAAUAAAUUAUUUUCAGCACAAGCGGGUAUACUUCGCAUAAACCGGCCUUUUCCACUUUCGCUUUUUAUCUGCUCUAUUGCGUAUCUGAUGCUAACGACGGUCCUGGAUGGUGGAGCAGAGACAGGCUCUGAUUAAAUGCUCAAGCAGCUCGCUCCGACCACAAUAUACCGCGGGAAAUCGCUAAUGAGAUGCACGAUAUCGGAGUGGAUAGCAAUGUACCGUGUCGGCUGCUUCGUGUCGUAAACAAAUCAAGGAGAGGACUUUUGCUGGCAAGGAAGCCAUCAAACACUUUGAAAAGGUUCGCUACAUCGUCAACAUCAUCCUUUUUUGCUCUGUCACAUCAUUGCCUCAAACUCGACUAUCUUGUGAUCAAGAGAGCACUGAAAAGCAGAGAUCUCGAAGAGGAAAAGCACAAGGACAGUGGAAUCCGAAUGCGAUCUUCAAACUUCUCUAUACACAAUAUUUUCUUUAAAUGAAUCGGAAAUAUUCAUCGCUGCCAAAUUCGAAACUUAAGUUUCGCAUACUACGCCAUUUUGGAAGAACUAUGGCGCCGAACAAAGGUAAAAACCAUCAGGCAUUUGGAACGCAGAAUUUUGCAUUUGAAGAAGACGAAGGGGUUGUUUCCUGCAAGGAUAUCUCGAGGCUGGUUCCAGAAGUCAAGAUUCCAAAGUGUCAAAAAAGUUUCAAAGGCAAAGGAGGCAACGUAGGAAUCUUAAACAACGCGGCGAAACUCUUGGUUUCCGCCGCAGAUGACCUCCGAUCUUGCGCGGACUGCAUCAACCGCCAGUUUGACACCACCCACGAAAAGACAACAUUGGUCUCCCAGUCCAGGAUUUUUAAAAUCACACGAUUAACCGAGGCAUUGUUAUUGAUCAAGGAGGUGAUUGAACGGCUGAUGGAGAGUCUGAGUGUUCUCGGUCCUGCCAAACCAGAGAAAAUCUUCACGCCAGUCUUGAUAAAUAUGCUUACAAAGGAGUCUACUCAAGUGGAAAGAAUCUCAAAAAAUCUGUCAGCAGAAAAAGCCGAAAGCAGACGACUUGACCACGAUCUACGGGAGAUUCGAACGAUAAUCUUGAGGUUAAUUGAGGCAUUCGAACCGGUGCGACAAGCCGUCUUCCGACCUGACCGCCGUGGCGACCCCGACAACGAUCGCGUUGGGAACCAGACUCGCGAGUAUCUAUGGACAUUGGAUAUCUACUGGCAAGGUUUACGCCAGGCGAAAGAGGCCCUUCCGAACGAACCGAAUCUUCCUUAUGUUUACGAUGUUGCCAGCCUGGAAAAUGACCGCAAUUCAAGAAAUUUCGGGUAUGAGCCGUUUGAACCGAGGACCAGACGAUACUGGCCGGUGUAAAUGUUUGCAUACGUCUUCCAUCAAUAUUACUAAUAGAUUUUUAUCCAUGAUAAUACGAAAAGUUUUCGUAAAUUUAGACUGAGCGAAAUGGAUUUGUCGAAGGCAGCGCUUUGCUGCUAAACGCCAAGCUGGCAUAUAACCAAUUACCUAGGAAACAUUUUACUUCAAGGAUAAUUAGUCAUAGUGGCUGACG